AGAAAGCGAAAGCGUGUUUCAAGAGCAUGCGAUGCCUGUUUUGCAAAGAAGGAUCGUUGUGAUGGUGCACAACCGAUUUGUCGUGUUUGCAGAGACCUGGACAGACAAUGCACAUACGAUCGACCUGAAAGAAAGCGUGGACCUUUGCAAGGA